UCAGUUUUUUGCGCUCAGCGCUCGUUGUACGGAACCGAAAGAUUCGUCGUUGUCGCCAACAACGGUUAGCUCGACUUUUGCCUGUCCAAAAAAAGAAAUACCAAAAAAAAAAGAAACACAACAACAAAAAUAGCAGCAGUGACGGCAGCAAAUCAUUUACAACAACUUGUCAUAACUUGAUCUAACUCGGGCCCAGUAAAUCUGCAUAUCUAUCCAAAUAUCCAAUACAUGUGCAUAUAUUUAAUGUUCUUGUUGCGUACGGUUUUUGUAUUUCGUUUACGAGCUUUUUGUAAUAAUUCGCGGUUUUUGCGUGCGUAUCAAAACGAAGAAGCAGAAGAAGAACACACAGUUGAAGCUGUGCAUCAGCAACAACAAAAUAAUAACAACAACAACAACAUCUAGCCGAGAUAGCAGCUAAGCUCAAGAACAGUAAACAGCUUCAACUCUCGCUUCGUCUCGUCUUCGUCUUCGUUUUCGCUGUCGCCGUCGCCGUCGCCGUCGGCGUCGCUGUCGUCGCCCUCGCCCUCGCCAACGUUCUCGCUCUCGCCGCGUCUCGCCGCGUACGCUGCGAUUGUUCCGCCAUUGUUGACGUCGCCAAGUGCGAUACCGAUAGCCCAUUUCGAUAGCGAUAGCGAUAUCGAUAGCAUGCCAUGUGUGUUGUGAAGCAAUUGUGAAGCCAUUGCCCAAAAGCCAUUCAAAGCCAAAUAGGCCAAAUUACAUGUGUUAUUUAUGUGGCCGACAUGUGAAGUGCAAGUGCAAUUUGUUCCGCCUUUCUAUGCAAAUUGUGUAGUAAAUAGAAUACGAGUAUGCAUCGAUACAAUUGUUAUGCAUACACACACAUAUGUAUAUAGAGCAGCAGUUGGCCCCCAAACGAAUCCCCAACAACAACAACCACAACAACAACACUACACAUAAGCAUAUGCACGCGUCUGUCCACAAAUAUAAUGUAUGCUACGUUCGCGAACUGCCAGAAUUGGUUGUUGUUGCACUUGCAGCCAAAGGAUUUGUGGAUUUUACAACAAUCUUGAGCUGUGCAACAGGUGCACAAGAGUUGCAAGCGACCAUGCGCGCAUGGCUUCUACUCCUCGCAGUGCUGGCGACUUUUCAAACGAUCGUUCAAGUUGCUAGCACCGAGGAUAUAUCAUCGAGAUUUAUCGCAGCGAUAGCGCCAACAACAACAACAACAAGAACAACGGCCAUAAUAAAUACUAAAACAACGACUACAGCAUUAGCUAAAGCAUUUAAGCCAUUUAACGAGUUGCGACUUAGCAACAUCGUCAACAAUAACAACAACAACAACAGUGAUAGUGAUAACAACAACAAACAUAACAACAACAAGAGCAAAAGCAAGAAGCAGAGCAAGAGCAACAAAAGUGCCGAAUUCAAACAGUUUAUCGGAGUGCAUAAAUCAAGAACAGACCAAUUAGAAAAUUCCAAAAAUAUCAAAAAUAAGCAUAAGCAACAUAAUUUAACUAACGACAAGCAACACGCUAAAACAACAACAACACACAACAAAAUGGCUAUCAAGGAGCAACAGCAACAGCAGCAACAACAACAACAACAACACAGACACAAAGCAUCCACAGAAUCUCAACAAAAAUCCGCCAUUGCGGAUGUGUUUGUCUUGGAUCCAGCGCUCACCACAACCCACUCCUCCUCCUCCUCCGCCUCCACCGCUUCAUCAUCGAGCUCCUCCUCCGCCAUCUCAACAAGCUCCAACUACGUUUCGUACUCGAAUACGGAUACAGUGCUGGGGGAAUUCGAGGCGCCGGGAAUUGCGGCCGCCAUCAUCGUGGAGGAUGAACCAGCCACGUACAGCAGCAAGGAGAUCAUCAAGGACAAAGUGAAACCAGAUCCCUCAACUCUAGUCGAAAUCGAAAACAGUCUGCUCUCGCUGUUCAACAUGAAGAGGCCGCCAAAAAUCGAUAGAUCCAAAAUCAUCAUACCGGACGCAAUGAAAAAACUCUACGCCCAAAUGAUGGGACACGAACUUGAUUCCGUCAAUAUACCUCGACCGGGACUAUUAACUAAAUCAGCAAACACAGUCAGAAGUUUUACACAUAAAGAUAGUAAAAUCGACGAUCGGUUUCCACAUCAUCAUCGGUUUCGUCUCCACUUCGAUGUGAAGAGCAUUCCCGGCGAGGAGAAGCUCAAGGCGGCCGAGCUGCAGUUGACCCGCGAUGCGUUGAGCAUCUCUGGUGGUCAGGUGAAUCGCAAUCGGACACGCUACCAGGUGCUCGUCUAUGACAUCACGCGGGUGGGUGUGCGGGGCCAUCGGGAGCCGAGCUAUUUGCUGUUGGACACGAAGACGGUGCGUCUCAAUCAAACCGAUACGCUCAGUCUGGACGUGCAACCUGCCGUCGAUCGGUGGCUGGCUACACCGCAAAAGAACUACGGCCUGCUCGUCGAGGUGCGAACGAUGCGUUCGUUAAAACCGGCACCGCAUCCACAUGUCCGCUUGCGCCGCAGCGCGGACGAAGCGCAUGAGGAUUGGCAGCACAAGCAGCCGCUGCUCUUCACCUACACCGACGACGGUCGUCACAAGUCGCGAUCGAUACGCGACGUCAGCUAAGGGGGGGGCAACGGUGGGGGUGGCAAUCGCAAUCGUCGGCAUCAGAGGAAGCCGACGCGUCGCAAGAAUCGCGAAGAGGAUUGCCGACGGCAUUCGCUCUACGUGGACUUCACGGAUGUCGGCUGGAGCGAUUGGAUUGUGGCGCCGCCGGGCUACGAUGCGUUCUAUUGCCACGGCAAGUGCCCGUUUCCGCUAGCGGAUCAUCUCAAUUCCACGAAUCAUGCGGUUGUGCAGACCUUAGUCAAUGACAUCAAUCCAGGGAAGGUACCAAAGGCGUGCUGUGUGCCCACGCAGCUGGAGGGCAUCUCGAUGCUCUAUCUCAAUGACCAAAGGACAGUUGUGCUCAAGAACUAUCAGGACAUGACCGUAGUGGGUUGUGGCUGUCGAUAAGUUACAGCGAGAGUUAGAUAGAGAGCGAGAGAGAGAGAGAGAGAGAGCGAGCGAAAGCGAAAGAGCAUCAAAUGCUGUUUGGUUCCAAGCCGUCAAUGCUUUAAACACAACGCAAACAAAAUGGACUGAAUAUUUGAAUUUUAAGUGUAAAUCGUAGACUUUAAUUUUAUGUAGAGCGAAAUGCAGCCCCGCCCAGCCGCCCCCACCCCCAACAACAACAACAACACCACCACCAUCACCGCAACAACAACAGCAGCAGCAGCAGCAACCGUCUCUGUCACUUUCCACAGCCAGGCUUUGGAAAUGUUGCACAGAGCACAAACACACACACACACACACACGCACAAAUACAAACACAGCCAGAGCAGAAGAGCACACGAGACAACUGUAAAUAGCCGCAUCAACAAAAUCGCACCCACCUGCCUCCCCUACCCCCCUCAACGUGUCUCCUGCAGCCAUAGCAGUCUCCUCCUGCCAUAGACCGCACUCUGAGAUACUUUUGUAUCUUUGCAGCUUUUGCAGAACGCUGCUGAUUUGAACAAAUUGUAUAAAAGCUAAUUGCUAAGCUAUGUUUACUAGAGAAAAGCGUCAUGCUUUUCCCACAGCCUAAUUGUUAAUAAUUAUUACAAAAAUGAAUUAUAUAAUAAACACAAAACACACACAUCAACACACACGCACACUUGUAAAUUAAUUAAAAGAAAAUACUUUGAAAUUAUUUAGGCAACAUCUACAGAUUAAACAUAUAUAUAUACACUAUAUAUAGAUACACAUAGAUAUAUAUAUUGAAAUAUAUACUGCGUAUGUAACUCUCUUGUAUAUGUACUAAAAUACACACACACACACACAUUUACCCUACGAUACGAUACAAUAUCGAUAUAUGCAAAAACGGUAUUCAACUUUGUUCCCCAAAACUAAAUGUAAUUGUAUAAAAUUCACACCAACAACACAACUAAAUAUCAACUAAACUAUAAUCGUAACUACUAUACAUCUAAAUCUGAAGAAAAUGAUAAUGAAAAUGAUUAUGAGUAUGAUAGAUAAAGGGAAGAGAUAAAUAAAAGAGUAUGAAGAAAACUAUCGUUUAUUGUUAUGCGUUUUAAGCUAAACUCGAAUAUAACCGUAAAUAUAUGACUAAAUUAAUUACUAGUAUUUAGUGUUAAUAUUUAAGCGCAGCAUGUUGAAAAAUAAUUAGUUAAAAACAAAACAAAAAAAAACA